AUGAUUGACCCUUACGACGUUUUUCGACAAGACAUCCCUGACAUCAACUCCACGUUUGCAAUUUUAAAGUCUGCACUGGAAAAGCACAUUUCCACCCCCCUCCAAACCCUACCUCUCGAUUUUCAUGACUUCUCUCUUGACGACGCAAUUACCUUUUUAACUCAAAGUGUUGAAGAGAUGAAAACAAGUGAAAGCAAUUGUUUACUCUUUUCUCAAACGAUUGACACGACAAUAGCCGUGUUAAUGGAUUCUCUCAAGUUAGUCACCAAAAUAAAAAAGCAGUGCACCAAAGAUACAGCGGCAAUUGUGGAGUUCAAAAACACGUUGCUGACACUUCUCAAAGAAAAAGAAAAAAUUCGGUACGACCAAGAGCUCGAGAAAAACGCAUUUAGAAAAGCACAAAUCACAUUGGAGUACAAAAAGCGUGAGAAUUCGAUUAAUGAAAAGCUUGAAAAUUCCUUUUUGCAACAACAGUCGGCAUUUUCAGAAGAUUACAUACAAACCAUCGCAAAUCCAUUCAAUGAAGAAGAAAAAUUGUUUGACUCUGAAAUUGGAAAAAAUGAAAAUUCCGACUCACAAAAUGUGAAAUUUGAUAAUUUUGAAUUUCAAAGUAAGGAACUAAGUAAACACGUCAAGACUAAUACACCACAAAAUCUUGAAAAACUCGAAGAUCUAAAAUAUGAAGGAAAUAAAAUUCAAGUACUCCAAGACGAUGAAUUACUGGUAGAGUCCUUGGUGAGUUCCAUUGAUGAAAUUGAUGAAAAAGCUAAUACCAAUAUUAAUAAUAAUAAAACUAAUAAUUAUACUAUUAAACCCUUCAAACCAAUUCGUUCAAAAUUAACAACUUCCCGACGAGAAAAGAGUGUUUCAAUAAUUCCAGAAAACGAAGAAGAAAGUGCUUCAGAAAGUGAUGACAAAAUUUCGUUGUUAAACAAAGUCGCAAACAUCGCCACAAACUCGUCCGAUUCCGAUUCGGAAAAGUACUCCACGUACAUCAAAAAGAAAAAUGCACGUCAGAAAUUAUUGAAAAGAACUUCCACAGAACCUUCAAAGCCAACCGCCUUGCAAAGCGAUGAAACAAAAAACACAAAAUCAAAAAAAAUUGUGAAAAAGCGAAGGACAUCAAAUGGACAACUUCCCGCAACAAGUGCAACAGAAGAGGCGGCUCGGCGGUUAGCUGAAAAAUACAAAAAACUCGAAAUACCAAAUUUAGGGUUUGGUACAGACAGACGGACAUUUUCUGUUUCUGACGAGCACGAAACGGUUCAAACGAAAACGAGUGAAAACGACGAAGGAAAUGAGACGAAUGAGAGACUUCCAGAAGUUUUAAGUGAGCGACGGAAUGAUAUUAGUGAUGCGGAAAUAAUAGGGUUUGAAGAGAAAGCACAACUUUUUGCGUGGAGUGGGAGAAGUGUGGGUAAUCUUGUAUAUGACAGUGUUGAGUUGCCGACAGUGUUUUGCAGUGCUAUAUUUACUCGAAAAAUAGUGCAGGCGAGAGGGUUUGUGAUAGUCAUAAUAGCAGAGGAGAACGUCUUUGGAGUUGUUGUGACGGGAAGAGUGAAGAACGAUUUACUAUUUACAACGGAUGAAAAUUGCUUCAUUUUUGUGUUGAAAGAAAAUGGUAUCAAAAGACGAAGAAAAUAUCUAAUCAAAAAAGAGUGUAAAGAUCAGGCGUUUUGGCUCGGGAAGGCAUCAAGAGCAAAAUACUUUCAAGUUGGAAAUGGAGAUUUAAUAGUCUUCUUGAGAACCACAGACUCGAAGCUGGUUUGUAAGUAUAAAAUGAAGUCAUUUGAUUAUGGAAAAGAUAACGGAUUGUUCGGGAAAAGCUUUGAAAAGACAAAGGAAGAGACUGAAAAUGGUCUGUUGGUUGAUAGAUUUUUAGUAUAUAAUUUAGAAAACGUGUGA